AUGGCCUACAGCUGCUGCUCUGGAAACGUCUCACGCUCCUUUAGGCGCUGCCUGCCCUCCUCAGGCUCCUCCUGUGGCUCUUCCUACCCCAGCAACCUGGUCUACACCACUUCUAGCUGCUCUCCCAGCACCUGCCAGCUGGACUCCUCUUUGAACAGUGGCUAUCAGGAGACCUGCAUUGAGCCCAGCAGCUGCCAGAGGUCCUGUGUGGUGUCCAGGCCCUGCCAGAUGUCCUGCUACUAUCCCAGGCAUUCAUAUCUCAGCAAUUACUGGUCACCCAACCAAUGCCGAUCUCUGGGCUUUGCAUUGAGCAGCUGCCCCUUGCUGGGCUAUGGAUUUGCAUGCUGUUGCUCAGCAUAUCGUGCAGCUUCAGAUCUCUGA